AUGGCUCCUGGUCGUCUGGCGUCUUUUAUUGUUGAGGCCCCUACGUCUCAUUCCCCCGUCGAAUGGCAGCACGAUGAACAUAUGAAGGCCACUUCAAACGACAUCUACGGAAAAUGUUGUCUAGCUGAUCUCAAGUCCCUCAAUUUGGAGUCCAACUUUGGGGUAUUGGAUCCAGAGAAUGUGGGAUACCUCCAGCCGACAUCUGCUGAUACACCACUAGAGAUUAUGCACAAACGCUUCCAGCGAGAUGGCUAUUUAUUUGUCAAAGGAUGCAUUUCGAAAGAAGCCUCUUCGAUAUAUCGUGAAGCAUAUUUCAAUUACAUGCCGCCCAGCGGCCUUUUACAGGAAGGGAGCAAGCCCGUCGAUGGCGUAUUCUCGCACAAGAACAGCAGAAAGUAUCUCCUACCAGGCAAUCUACGGCGAUAA